AUGCUUGCCAACAUUGCUGCCGGCCUGGGCUACGGCAAUCCGAAAUUUGGCAGAAAGAUUCAGCGUACAUGGAUGCUUCUGCGUUCGUGGAAGUUAUAUCGUCUCUUUCACUACAACUAUCUGCAUCCGGAGUGUCGAAAAAUGUCCUCAUCUUUCCAGGAUGCUUUCAAUCAAACGCUGAUCGCAUACGCAGGAUAUAACAAACAGGAAGCCAAGUCUAGCGACAAUCUAAAACAAUUACUGGACGGCAAAUUUAGAGUGAUGUUUGACAGACGGCUUCACAAACCCAUCUAUUUUCAGCAUAGAGCUACGUUUCGUCAAAGGUUGAAAAUGCUAGCUAUCAACUUUGGUAUGAGCUUCGAGCCCAAAGUCCUGCAAGAACUUUUGGAGAAGGUCAAGGAGCCUAUGGACAAUCACUUUCAGCGAUUGAACUACUCAGGCGUAACACCAGGAGCGCGUUACAAGACCUGCGCAGUCGUAGGAAACAGCGGUGAAGUUUUAAACACGACACGUGGUUCUUUUAUAGACAGCCACGAAAUGGUGAUCCGCAUCAACAAUGCAAAAGCAAGGGUCUCCGCGCCAAGUUUAGCAGAUUUCGUAGGUUCCAAGACUACUUUGAUGUUUAUGAACAGCCACAUUCUACACCAAUGCUCUAGGAACUGGAAAUGCUCCUGCCAUCCUUAUGGAUCGGAAGUGCCCAUAAUGUUGUACCUCAGUGACAUGGAGCAUGUGCUGGAUGUCGCUUACUGCGGAAAAGAGCAUAUCGCUCCUCUGUUUCUCACAGAUCGAAGGUUUGACAUGCUCGUUGAGAAAAUUGGACGAUGGUAUUCUAUCAAACAAUUUAUUCAAAAAGGUAGAGCGCAGAAAUUGGCCGAGAGGAAACUCUGGGAGCUCUUCAAACAGUGGGAGAAUGUACAUAGGAGAGAUUAUCAUUAUUCGUCGGGGCUGCAAGCGGUUGUACUUGCUCUCGGGCUCUGCGAACAGGUUCAUCUCUUCGGCUUCGGCAAAAAUCCCAAGUUUCAGCAUCAUUUUCACACGAAGCAACGAGCUGAACACUACAGUCAUGAUUACGAAGCCGAAUACUUAUUCUACCACGAUCUCGAAAAAAAGAGCAUUGAUGCAAACCCCUUCUUGUGUGAGACGGCAACUCAAAUUCCACCGGUUCAUGUCUUCCGCUGA